CAUUCAUCCUCUACUUUAUAUCUGAUUUUUUAGCAAUUUGUAAUACUACUUAAUAACAUGUCUUCACAAAAGAGGGGUUCUAAUUGGAGUUACAAUGAAGAUGUAUUCUUGUGUAACUCUUGGGUGUCUAUUUCCGAAGAUGGCGCAGUCGGAAUCAAUCAAGCAGGCGAUUCAUUCUGGUCUCGAGUUCACAUGUUGUUCUGCCAAAAGGCAAAUACGGUAGUUCGAACUAGGGAGGCGGUUGAAUCACGGUUCAAAGUUAUCAACAAUCAGUGUUCUUUAUGGAAGGGGAGUUUGCAAAAGGCAAAUGCAACCCAGAGAAGUGGAUCCAACCUAAUCGAUGUGAUCUAUCGGUCGCCGUUAAAGAUUUGCCCCCACCGCCGUAGAUCUGGCCAAAUGUAGCCGCCGCCGGUUGCCCCCUGCAGAUCCGGCCGCCACUGGUGCAAAAACCGGCCUCCACCCUCAAGAUCUGGCCAUUGUAGGCACUGAUUUCAAAUUUUUUAUCAAAAUGCCAACAUAAAUUGAGAAUGUCAUUUUAAUGGCAUUUUCAAAACAAAACAUGGAAUUUUUGAAGAGUAAUAUUGCCAUUUUGUUGGCAUUUUUGUAACAAAAUUUGACAUUUUUUAACAAUCAAAGAAACAAAAAUUUAGAUCUGCAACAAAAUCGAAGAGGAGGAGAUAAUCUGGAGGCCAAGAGAGAUUAAGGAAGAAGAAUAUGAUAGAAGAAGAGAGGAGAAAAACGACCAACAAGCUACUUCGAACCGGAUUUGGGUGCUCACGGUUGCUCCACCGUUUCUCACCGCUGGUCCCCUCUGCUCACCGCCUUUGCUCGCUGCUCACUGCCGCUGCCUCACCUGGAAUCUCGCGGCCGCUGCCAUACCUCAAAUCUCGCCGCUGCUGUCUCACAUAGAUGCUCGUUUUGCAGAAGAUGAAGGAGAGAGAAUGGACCGCCUCACUGCCGUAUAGAUAGCUUAAAGAUGAUGCGCACGUUUUGAAAUGUCGAGAUUAAAGGGAGGGCAGAUUUGGAAUACAAGUCCUAAUUAGGGAAUAAAAAUAGAGAUACUCCUAUUUUGGAAUUUCAACAACUAUUUAGUCCUAUUUAGGGCUAAUACCCGUUAUUUCUAUUAACAUACUAUUUUAUAUAGUAUAAUAUAUAUUAGUACGUGUAUAGUGUGUGUAUUAUAUGUAGUAUAUUUAUAUACGUGUAUAGUCUAAUAUGUGUUUUAUAGCAAUGUCAUAAGUGGUACUCCGUAUAUAAUAAUACGUAAAUGUUUGUUUGUAGACGAUGGCCGCAAAAACAAUCUUUGUAAACGACAAUCGUGACAAGGCAUUUAAAUUUGAUCAUGCUUGGCAUAUACUUCAAGCAUGUCUGAAGUGGUAUCAACAAUAUGAUACUACUCCCACUUUUACGUCCGUACCUUCUGUCACUCCCGAUACGUUUGUUGGAGGAAGUAGUGGUUCUUCUCCUACCGAUGGUAUAAGUGGCCCUCUUCGACGCCCCGAGGGGCAUGACAAACAGAAGGGGAAGAAAAUUGUAAAAAUAAGAAUUCAAGGACGGAGCCUGUGAUGCUUGAGUACAUGGAAAGAAUGGUGAAACAAGGCAAGGUAAUGGAAAAGAGAAGAGAGGAGAGGUAUGAGGCGGCAAAGGUGAAUGCUGAUGUGACUACAAGACUGAAACAUAUAGAUGUCGUAACCAUGGAUCUAAGUCCGUACUCACCGAGGAAGCAAAAGUGGCUAAGAGAACAACAAAAUGCCAUUUUGGGCUAUGAUCAAGAUGUCUCGAGUACCGAUGCCGCCACUUCCGCGUAUGGGAAUGACUACUUUCCUAAUUUUGACUAGGGCAUGGAUGGUGUAGUUUUUCAGUUUUCGUUUUUGUUAUUUAAUUCCAGUGUAUUUCAAAUUUCGUACUAGUUAUUUAAUUCCAAUGUAUUUCAAAUUUCGUAUUUUCCUUUUUGAUAUUGAAUUCCACUGUAUUUCAAAUUUCAUACUAGUUAUUUAAUUCAAGUGUAUUUCUGUUUUCGUUAUUUAAUUCAAUUGCAUUUCAUUUUCCUUAUUUCAGUUUCCUUAUGUAACUAAAUAUAUUUAGUGUUCGUUGUUUAA